GGGUGUAAUAGCGGGGAAAUCACAGAGGUAGAUGAAACAUGGUUAACCACAAAACAGAAAGAAAUGUGUGCUGUAGGAAAACAAUAAAUGAAACCGCAAAAAUAAUACCAAAAAGAAAAUGGUUUGUGAGAUAAUUAUCAAGCUUGAAACACUCUUGUAGGUUCUUGUUAAAGUGUCAUUUGUUUCAAACUCUCAAUGGUAAACGUACCAUCAAGAGAGCACCACUUGAUUGAUGACUUGCCAUCAUUACCUUGAACUUCCAAAAAGUGAAAGUUGAUGCCAAUGUCAUGCAUUUCUUUCUCAAGUUAGUUUUUUUUUUGUUCAAUGAUACAAUUAACAGGCAAACUAAACUGAAAAUAAAACCUCACCUGAAAAUGCAGGGUAGCAAACGUACAUCAGUCCUCUUAAAGCCAGGAACACGCCCGGGAAGAAGAGGAGCUUGCUCUUUAGCAAUGUUCAUUACAUAUUUCCGAACUUUUUCAACAGUUUCUGAAAGAACAGUUGGAGGCCUCUGUCGCUGUGAGAUCCCUCAUUGUUGUCAUGUAUGCGGAGCGACACACCAUCGUCCCAGUAAUGUUUUACAAGGCUGCAAAACUCACUCUUUCUGAUGAAAUGUAAAAACAAAAAUGUCUUCCUGCAAAUUUUCUUACCGUGGAAGAAAAAGGACAUUCGCAGAAGUUUGCAGUUCUUCUGUUCUGCCCGAGGCGCUCACAUCACUGCAAUUUACGGAUCUUUGAAUCGCUCCCAAAGUGACAAAAUCAAGUUGCGUGGAGGAUAGUUCAAGGCAGUUGUUCAAAUUUUUUAAGACGUCACUAAUUGUGAUACCUCAAUUACAUGCUUGCUCAUCCUCCCCACAUUUGCACUGGCGUGUUUGAAUAGAACGUAUUGACUUUUGCCUUUUCCGACAGGUCUGUUUCAGAGCUAUCAAUGUUAAACUCUUCAUCUUCAUCGGGUUCCGUGUCACUUUUGGAGCUGCUAUGGUCAUCUGGUGUAAAGCUAGCCUUUUCAUUAUCAUCACAAUCUCUUCUCUCAAAGACUCGAAGUACAACUUGGUAACUUAACGGAUACUAUACACAUCAUUCGAGUUAAGAUGCAUACAAGAAACUACUUUUCGAGAAAACUCCAGCAUGCUGAUGAUACACUGACUUUGGUGUGGCAGCCAGGAAAUGCUUUAUUUUCAUUGUGUUGCCAUAGUUACUGUAAACAAAUGUAGACUGCGAGCAGUCUGUCUUUUGCUCGAAAGCGCGUCAGUGUGUCAUCGAUAACACUCCACUAAACCAAAGGGUUAGCAUGUUAACUACACCGAAACAAUACAUUGCGUGUUCUUGAUUGUUUUACAAAUUAAUUAUGCUCCUAAACUGUGUCUUUGGGCACGCCAAGAAUGUUGUGUUAGCAUGUUAUUACCUUUGUUCCUGAAAUCAUAUGGAGGGUCACAAUUGUUGGGCACAAUGCAAAAAAUGGAUUGCUGUAUCAAAUCUGCCUCUCCCUUUUAUCUUUCUUAUUUUUCCUCUACACCUUUUCCCUUUUUGUGCCUGCCAGGCUUAACAAUUCAAACACCAUAUUCACAGACUAUAAAAACCCAACAUCUUUUGAUGGUAGCAUUAACAAGUGUUCCACUGGAAUACAAUAACAUUAUUCCUUUUUGUUAUUCUCCAUUAAAGCCAUCACGAUUUUGUUCUGCCGUUGUUGCACCUGCAUGUUACUCAUGAAAGCACGCAUCAUACUUCCUUUCGCUGGGCAGCUUGAGUUUGUUUAUCUGUUCAAGUUCCAAUUCCCUUUUCCUCAGUUUAAGUUCCUAUUCUUUUUAAUAAGACAAGACAAGACAUUUCUUUUCAUAAUAUUGCCUGUACAAUUUCUUGGCACAAAGUCGAGGCGUGCUAAUUAAUUCUAUUACAAAUCAGAUAUGACAGAUAAGAAGUAAAAAGCUAAGGAAAAGAAAAGAAGAAUAUGUGUAACAAAGUCGAAAGCAAGAAAGACAAAUCUGUUUAAUUCAACCUGUGAAAGAGGCUAAGGUUUAGGAUGUCGCGAUUUUAUUUCUUGUGUUAUCAUGGUUGCAUCAAGGUAAUCAUCUUUGUCUUUUAAUAUUUCAAAGAGGACACUAAUUAAUUUUCGGUUAAACACUUUUUUGACAUCUCUCUUAUUUUACUUGGUAUUUCAUUCCAUAGUUUAGCGUCAAAAAUUGAGACGGCUUGUCUUAGUUUUUCAAGGUUGAAUUUUUUUAUGUAUAUAUUAUUUUUCGAGGGUGAUUAUUUGUCAUAUGCAAAAAUCAUAAUCUUUAAAUCAUGUUAUGUCAUGAUCCUUUCCUGAUUUUUCCUCUAGGUAGUCAAUGCGUCACUUGUGUUUCUUCUUACCUUCUUCUUUUCAUUGCCUGUUUCCUCACUUCUUCCCCUGUUGCCUUUGCCUUUUUAUUAUACUUUACCUUUUUGCCAUAUUAUACUUUGUUAUACUCCACUUCAACCAUUCAUUUAAUCGACUUCAGCCAACUUCCAAUCUUAGUUCCUUAACGUAAUCCUUUGCUUUAUGAAAGGUGGUAAGCUCAGUUAAAAGGUCUCUUUCACUCUAAUCCAGUGUGGCAUUUCGUCUGUUUUAAGAAAGUGAAAGUUUUUCAUCACUGCAUCCUUGUUUUCCUGAUUCAAAUAUCCUUUACAUCCACAGUCUUUUUCAAGUGAAAAUGUGCGCCUGGAAUUUUACCUUUCUUCUUGGUCUUUUUUUCUUUUUGUUUACCUAAAUCAUUAUCCAAAAGAGUGUUGUUUUCGUUUUCUCUGAUUCUUGAUUUGUUUCUUUUUUGAUAUUUCAUUUAUUAUCCUUUUGCGUUUUGGAAAUGCAAGGUUCUAGCUAGCGCUCAGCAAUUCAAUUUAUUCAAGCUUGCAAUCAAUCCUCUCCGAUCGCAUGCAUAUACUUGUCUAUUCUAAGAAUAUCGGUCGAUCGAAAAGAGUCUUUCGCAGUCGAGUAGAAAGGGUCACCCAAUGGAAACCAAACUCAUUUCAGUAACUCAGAAUGAAAUUGAUUUGUGAUAAGGAGGGUCCGGGAACACAGUGAUUUAAAGUGGCAGCUGAAUAUUCCUAAAAGGAAAAGCAUACAAAGAAAAGAAAGAAAAAAAAGGGGAAUAGUACAAGCUUAAGGAAGCACUUGAAUAAGUGCAGCUUAUUUAAUAUAUAAACAAAUCCAUAAAUGAUAGUGAAAGAAUGAAGAGAGGAAAUGCAUCAUAAAUAUAGGAUACAUGCCCUGAUUCCUUACACACUUGCCUAAUUUUGCACCUUAUGUGUUCUAUGCACUGACUGUGUAGAAGGAGACUGGAAUAGACAUUUUAAAAAUAUGUUAGGAAUGUAACAGGCUGAGAUUUUCAUACGAACACUUCGCAAGUUGCUGAAAAAUGAAGUAAAAUAAAAUGGCAAGCUUUUUAAUGGACUGUGGUUGACAGUAUUAGCCUCUGAUGAUGAACUAAAUGAACUUGUAUUGCGAGUUAUGUUGGGAAAUGUCUGGGGUUUUAAUGUACUUGGUGCAAUGGAUGAGAAAAGGCUUGAACUGAUAGUUGACAGAUUUGUGUAUGCAGAUUGCCACAAACAUAAUGUUGGUGACAAUGGCAGUAAAGAGCAGUAA